UGCUAACCCGUGAGCCUUUCUGCAUUUCAUUCUUUUCUUCAGAAUUGAUCGACCAUUCUGAUCGUUGGAUUGUUCUCUCUCUGUUAGUUUUUCUUAGUCUCCUUCCUGAUCCUCUUUAUUUAUUUGAACUGAAUUGUUCGGAUUGUUUGUUGUGAAACUCUUGUUGAGAGAGACAUAACAUAAGGAUUUCUCUUGUGAACUAUUGAAUCAAGUUUUUAUCAUGUCGAUAUUGUGGUUUUCGUUAGUCUUGGUCCUUAGUGUACUGCUAGACUUAGUGCUAGCCAGGCGUAACUCUGUUCUUCCUCCAUUGCCGCUUCUUCCCGUGCCAAGUGCAGCACAGCUAAAAUGGCAGCAGAGGGAGCUCAUCAUGUUCUUCCAUUUUGGAAUGAACACAUUUACAGAUUCGGAGUGGGGAACUGGACAUGAGAGCCCGAAGCUGUUCAAUCCAUCUUCUCUUGAUGCAAACCAGUGGGCCCAAGUAGCCGCAGACGCCGGGUUCUCUCUGGUAAUCCUUACUGCUAAACACCAUGAUGGUUUCUGCCUGUGGCCGUCCAAGUACACUGAUCAUUCUGUAAAGAGCAGCCCAUGGAAGAAUGGCUGUGGCGAUGUUGUUAGAGAGUUUGUUGAUGCAGCUCAAGCUAGAGGCUUAGAUGUCGGCCUCUAUCUUUCUCCCUGGGAUCGCCAUGAGAAGAACUAUGGGCUUGAAUUGGGAUACAACGAGUAUUACAUGGGUCAGCUUCAGGAAUUACUAAAUGGCCAAUAUGGUCGUAUCUCGGAGGUAUGGUUCGACGGAGCAAAAGGCAACAACGCCAAAAACAUGACUUACUAUUUCGAUGACUGGUUCUCCAUGGUCAACCAAAUGCAAGGUUUCAUCAACAUAUUUUCUGACGCCGGCCCUGAUAUCAGAUGGGUUGGUGGUGAAACAGGCACAGCUGGCAUUACUUCUUGGUCUCCUAUCAAUAGAACUUCUCUCAAAAUUGGAGAUGGCAGUAUAAUUGGGUAUUUAAACACCGGUGACCAAAACGGUAGAGAUUGGAUUCCUCCAGAGUGUGAUGUUUCUAUCAGAAAUGGUUGGUUCUGGCAUAGGAACGAGACAGCCAAGCCAUUGGAUGAGCUUCUGGAGAUCUAUUAUACUUCAGUUGGAAGGAAUUGUGUGCUGUUGCUCAAUGUGCCACCGAACUCGGACGGUUUAAUUUCAAAGACAGACAUUGAUAGACUAAUGGGGUUCAGAUCUGCAUUAGCAACCAUAUUCUUGGUCAACUUGAUCAAGGGUGCGGUCGCUAAAGGCAGCAGCCAAAGAGGAGGCAAGAAUGGAGGGUUUUCAGCCGGUAAUGUUCUGAACAAUGAUUUACAGUCAUACUGGUCACCGGCCAACUCCGACGAGAACCCCUGGAUUGAACUGAGAUUCUCUAAGCCGGUGAAGUUCAAUGUGGUGAGGGUACAAGAACCUAUCACAUUAGGACAGAGAAUCGUCAGACAUGAAGUGUAUGCAGAGCUUACCGACGCAGGAACAGAGGGUGCCCGGCACAGUGGUACAAUGGUGGCCAAUGGAACAACCGUUGGUUACAAGAGGCUGCACAGACUAGGGUCCGUGGUCGAAGCCUGCGCUGUGAGGAUUCAUGUCGCCAAGGCUAAGAGAUUGCCAUUGAUUGCUUCAAUUGGUCUUCAUUUCGAUCCAUAUUCCAAGGGUCAGAAGUUGUAGGGUAUGUUCUCAUUCUUAUUUCACGAUUGAUUGGCGGGAAUAAACUGUGAUCUGGUAAGAAAUGGGGAAGAAAAUGAUCGAUCUUUCAUGCA